GACAGUUUGUUUGGUUUAAAAUAUAGAUCUCCAUUUUGUAACUUAAAGGCAGAAAAAGUCAUAAAAAACUUUUUGCUGACCUUCGGCGAUGAUGGGGUUAAUCGUGGGCAGUAUUAAUUGCUUUUUUCAAACCGGGAAAAAAUGACAUAGGCUAGAUUUCUAUAUGAGAAUCUUAAUAAAAUGCAAAUUUGCUAAGUUUUACAGCACUGUUAGUUAUCUAGAUAUUAAAACAUAAUAGUAAGGUUUUAAAACUUGACUGACUUGAGGAUGUAUUAUAGGCUACUCAAAGUAUGAUAUUAAUAUGGCAAUUAUUUUUAAUAGUUAAGGGGGAUUCGAAUGUACAUUAACAUGUAAAUAAAACGUUUGCUAUUUCUAUACGCUAACAUUCUUCUAGUUGAAGUCUUGACUGAGGAAAAACAGCCCUACCCCCAAAAUGAAGCAUGAUGGGAACAAUGAAACACUUGUCCCACAUUGUGCACUGGCACCAACUGACGCUUACAGAAUACUGAAGACGGUCUACUGAGAAACUGAAUAAGAAAAAACAUUUGCCAAAGGUUUUAGGAUGACAUCUUUAGAAGCUAACAAAAAACGGCCAUCAGCCAGCGGCCUGGAGUUUAUUGGCCCUCUUGUGAGCUCUGUGGAGGAGACCCCAGACCCCAUCAAUACAGUCAUCAAAGGAGAAAUUCCACUCUGGAUCAACGGCAGCUUCCUCAGAAAUGGGCCUGGAAAAUUUGAGUUUGGUGAAAGCAAAUUCACCCACUGGUUUGACGGCAUGGCGUUGAUGCAUCGUUUUUACAUCAAAGAGGGUCAGGUGACCUACAGCAGUCAAUUCUUGCACAGUGACUCUUACGAACAGAACUUGGAGAAGAAUCGAAUUGUGGUGUCUGAGUUUGGCACUCUGGCGACGCCUGACCCAUGCAAGAACGUCCUUGCUCGGUUCUUCUCACGUUUUCAGAUUCCAAAGGCAACUGAUAAUGCAGGAGUGAACUUUGUCAAGUACAAAGGAGAUUUUUAUGUAAGCACAGAGACCAACUUCAUGCGCAGAAUUGACCCUGCAACCCUGGAAACCAAAGAAAAGGUUGAUUGGUCAAAAUUCAUUGCAAUAAAUGCAGCGACAGCUCAUCCACACUAUGACCGUGAAGGAGCAACUUAUAACAUAGGAAACUCAUAUGGUCGAAGAGGCUUCUUCUACCAUAUCAUCAGAGUCCCCCCAGGUGAGGAACAGAAUGAUGAAGCUGAUCUGUCUGGUGCUGAGAUCCUCUGCUCUAUUCCUGCAUCUGACCCCAGGAAACCAUCUUACUACCACAGUUUUGCCAUGUCUGAGAAUUAUAUAGUCUUCAUUGAACAGCCAAUCAAACUGGAACUGCUAAAAUUCAUGCUGUAUAGAGUUGCUGGAAAGAGUUUUCAUAAAGUCAUGUCCUGGAACCCAAAACUAGAGACCAUUUUCCAUGUGGCGAACCGACACACCGGCCAGCUCCUCAAGACAAAAUACUACAGCAGCGCUAUGUUCACCCUCCACCAGAUUAAUGCAUAUGAGGAUAAUGGCUUCUUGAUUUUGGACAUGUGCUGUGGAGAUGAUGGCAGCGUGAUUGGUGACUUCACAAUGGAAAACGUUGGGCAAGCAUCUGGGGAGAAACUUGAUAAGUUCUUCAAUUCUAUGUGUACAAACUUACCACGCCGCUACGUGCUGCCUCUGGAUGUAAAGGAAAAUGACACUAAUGAUCAGAAUCUCAUCAAUUUACAGAACACUACUGCAACUGCUGUUAAGACUGAAACUGGGGUGUUCCUCACUCAUGAGGACCUCUACAAUGAUGACCUGUUGCAGUAUGGCGGUCUCGAAUUCCCACAGAUAAACUACAGCCAAUACAACGCUCGUCCGUAUCGGUACUUCUACGCCUGUGGCUUUGGACAUGUAUUUGGAGACUCUCUGCUUAAAAUGGAUCUAGAAGGAAAGAAGCUAAAGGCGUGGUGCCAUCCUGGCUUGUUCCCAUCAGAACCAGUGUUUGUUCCAGCACCUGAUGCUAAGGAUGAGGAUGAUGGUGUGGUGAUGUCUGUGAUCAUUACACCAAGAGAGAAAAAGAGCAGUUUCCUCCUUGUCCUUGAUGCUAAGACCUUCACAGAGCUCGGACGAGCAGAAGUUCCAGUGGACAUUCCAUAUGGUACACAUGGACUCUACAAUGAGAUGCGCUAAACUAAGAAUUUAUCAGAUGUACUCUUGCUGUUUUCAUCUAGACACCUAUGCCGAGUAAAAACUGAAACAAACGUUUCAAAAACUAAAAUCUUACAUCUUUUACAGACCAAAAGUAAAAAAUGUAAAUUAUUAGGAGGGUUACCAAUAGAUUACUAUAAUCUUUUUUGUAUUAUGUAUUAUAAUACUGUAUGUAUUUAGUAACAAUGAGUUUUGCAGACUAUCAGUAUCUUCCAUAUACAUUAUACUAACUUUCUCACACAUUUGUUAUUUGAAAAAAUAAAAGUUUUUGAAAAUAAAUGUGAUUUGUAUUAAACACGUUACAUUUAAAUAUUAACAAAAUUAUUGCCAUAACACUACCAAAAGUCCUCUUAACAAAAAAAAGUGAGAAGGGAGAUCGAGGCUAUUGAGCUUAUGACCUAAGAUACAUUUUACUUGUAGCUCUGUAUAUCAUUCUGUCGUUUGAAAACGGCCAAGAGUGAGGACAUAUAUGCACACAUAGCUAAUAUGCACAAGUGAGUGUCUUUGUGUUUAAUAUUCAAAAGUGUAAGUUAUUUCACAUGAAGUUUAUAUUUGAAGUGAUCGCCAUCUGCUGGAAUAUUAUGAAGAUAUUUCAGUAGGAAAACGUAAGAGCAUGUAGAUUUUAAUUUGUGAACUUGUAAAGUAUUUGUACCUGUACACUAAAAUGUACACUCUCAGCCCCAAUGUGAAAACUUGUAAAAUAAAAAACUGAAGUUGAAUGUUGAGAUUUGCACUCCUGGAAAAGACUCACAAAUCUGUCUUCUGAAUUUGAAGUUGCUGAAAAAUAGUCACAAAUGUGUAAACUGGCAUUUACAAAAUACAUUGGCAGAUACAAAUGCAUAGCACAUAUUUACACGUUUUCCUAGAUUCAGAUUUGAAUUGCA